AUGAUCCCAGAAAGCACUGCUGCCAUUGCUGCCCUCUGUCACGGCUGCCUCAGCAGCAGCCAGCGUCAUCCUGGCCACCUCUGCUGCCUGUCGCUACUGAUGCCAUCACCACCUCCCACCGUAGCCACCAUUGGUGGAGAAUUCCAGUCAAGGCUUCGGAGCCGCAAAGUUCGGCUCUGGCGGCAAAGGGGCUUGGGCAGCUCCUUGGCGGGUGGUAGCGGUGGCCUAGCGGUUCCUCCUGGCCCUGUGAACAUCGGGGGCCAGGGGCGGGAGGGGACGGGGUGGGGACCGGCCACGUCGGAGGUGACCCGAGGUCUGCUGCAGCGCUGGGGUGCCAGUUUUAGGAGAGGCUCCGACUUCGACUCUUGGGGCCAGCUGGUGGAGGCGAUAGAGGAGUACCAGAUGUUAGCAAGACACCUACAAAAAGAGGCCCAAGCUCAGCACAGUAAUUCUGAAUUCACCGAAGAACAAAAGAGAAUCAUGGGCAAAAUGGCAACAUGCUUGGAAUUACAAAGUGCAGCUUUACAAUCCACACGGUCCCAAGAAGAAUUUAAACUGGAGGGUCUGAAGAAGCUAGAACCAAUCCUAAAGAAUAUUCUUACAUAUAAUAAAGAAUUCCCAUUUGAUGUUCAGCCUGUCCCCUUAAGAAGAAUUUUAGCACCUGGUGAAGAAGAGAAUUUGGAAUUUGAAGAAGAUGAAGAAGAGGGUGGUGCUAGAGCAGGGUCUCCUGAUGCCUUUCCUGCUAGAGUUCCCCGUACUUUAUGACCAAGGUUGCCAUCAGAACCAGGAGUGACGUUACUCACUAUCAGAAUUGAGACAAUUGGCCUGAAAGAUGCUGGGCAAUGCAUUGAUCCCUAUAUCACAGUUAGUGUAAAAGAUCUGAAUGGCAUAGAUUUAACUCCUGUGCAAGAUACUCCGGUGACUUCAAGAGAAGAAGAUAUGUAUGUUCAUUUUAAUGUGGACAUGGAGCUCCAGAAGCAUGUUGAAAAAUUAACCAAAGGUGCAGCUAUUUUCUUUGAAUUCAAACACUACAAGCCUAAAAAAAGGUUUACCAGCACCAAGUGUUUUGCUUUCAUGGAGAUGGAUGAAAUUAAACCUGGGCCAAUUGUAAUAGAACUAUACAAGAAACCCACUGACUUUAAAAGAAACAAAUUGCAAUUGCUGACCAGGAAACCACUUUAUCUUCAUCUGCAUCAAACUUUGCACAAGGAAUGAUCGUGACAUGAAUACCCUGGAACUUCUGUGAAUCUUACCACUCAGUAGAAACCAUCCUAGCUCUGUGUAGCCUAUUCACCCUUCAACAGGCAGGAAGCAAGCCGUACCCAGGCCAGCAGGCCAGAGUGAGUCCAUUACAGAGCUGUAGCACAGAAUUCAAAGUCCAGCACGUCACUGAUGUAAAAGACUCCUUUGGAUACAGGCUUAUUGUAGAUCUUGAAACGUUUUCACUUUUCUAUUAAUUGUGCAAUGAAUAGCCUCUUUUCUAAUUUGCCACUACCCCUGCCCUGCUUCCUGGAACGACACUGUUGUGGGUGGAAUGUGCUCACCUUCACACUUAAUACAGCAAUAAGAGUGUGCUAGAGUUUGCACACCUGUCCACUUCUGCUCCAACAUGCUUUUCGGUUUUUCGAGUUAAUGUCAGACUUUGGGUUGAUGUGGGUAGGAUAGUAUGAAACUGCCUUUGAGAGGAAUUGGACCAAUUAUGCUGCCCAAGGUCAGCCUGGAAAUUUAUAGGCUGCUCCUUGGAGACGGCCUUGAUUCACCCUGAUCUCAUGGUUCUCCUGCUUAGAAAUAGUGUGCCUUGGCCAAAUCAGUAUCCCAUAUGGGCGUGUUCGCAGGUUGUAGCUGUGAUUUUUCCAGAUGACCAGAUUGUUUUUCUGAAAGUGAGCGUAUUUUUAGUCAUGUUGAUUAGCUUCUUUCUACAUCACAUCGUACAUCACUCUUUCUGAUAGUGAUUCUGGGGUUAGUGACGGAACCAUCUCAGAAUAAUUACGAAUUCUUGGUGGGUUUAUAAUGUCUUCUAAAUCAUGUAAUCUAAAAAUAAUUUGAGUCAGAUGCUAACAAGAUACCGCAGGGAUAACUGCUGUUUUUCUGACAACUGACUGUGAAACCUUAAAACCCGCCUACCUCUUCUUAUAGUGGUGAGUAUGCAAAUCUGGAGAUAUUCUAUUUUUUUUUUAUAUAGGUAGAUAGGAUUGCCAUUUAUUUCCUAUGUAGAUAUACUGCCAUUAAUCCAUAUGGAAAUAUGCAGGUCAUUAGCUUUUUAAAAUUUGACUAUUUACAUUCUUUCGACUUAAUAAUGGGGCAUAAAUAAAACUUUCAUAGUACACACGAGGUGGAUAUUUGAUACACAGAACAUUAAGAUUUGGGGUGGGCAUUCUGUGGGUUAGAUGUGGGGCCCACAUAUUUAAUAUUCACUAUUUUAAAUGACCAAUGCUAGCAUGAGGGGAACGCAGUGCCAGUACUUGGCCUAUUUUUAAACUAGUGUAAUAAGCCUAGUCAUACAGUUCAGUAUGUUUGCUUUUUAAAGUAAGUAACCACAGUUAAGUUCUAGCCCUUGCACUUCAAGAGGUCUAGUCUCCACUUUCAGUUGUCUGUUAGGUCAGUUCUGUUUACUACGAUGGAUGUUAAAAAACUAUAUGAGCCUGAAGAAUUCUCAACCAAAUUUAGUCUUGCCUCUCUCUUGAUUAGUUUAAUUCCAAAAUGAUUCCAUCCACAGUAGCUUGAGGGGAUGAAGAAUUUGCCUUAAUAAAUUACUUUGUUGUUCACUCAACUCUUAGACUGUGAGUUGCCAGCCCACCUGCUAACCCCCGGACUGUAAGCUCCUCAGGGGGUAAGAACCACAUGUUCGCCAUGUCACGUACAUUUUCUGAGGUGCUUGGCAGCACUCUGUACCUUGUGGAGUACUCGGUACCUUCUGUUUGAUGUUGCUGACAAGACCUAAAACUAAUCCCUUAAAAAACCUACCAUUAAAAUGUAGCAAAACUGGAAGAAAAAAAAAAAAAAAAAAAGCCAGUCAAAGGUGUGUGGAGGUGAGGAGCGGGGAUAUGUGAACCAGAAAGCAGAGUCUUCGAGGGUCAUCAUUUUCACCUUUGAUGGUUGAACUGAGGAUUUUGUGCUUGUCACUGAACAUACUGACUUGGAUGAUAAAGAUAAUCACUAUAUUAAUGGUAAUAAAUAUUUCAGUCAGCACUUACCUUCAAAGGGUAAGCACCUCAUUUAUACCAUCAGAAACUUUCAGGCAGAAUGUGUGCAAAUAGAAGCCAGAUCUCUAAAGAAAUUAAUAAUCUUGAAAGAAAGUAAGCUAGCUUUUACCAUAAAGUGUGCUGCUUUUCAAAAGUCCUGCUGCCACACCCUAGACCAGUUAAAUCAGAAUCUCCUGGGGUAAGACCCAGCAUGGGUAUUUUUUUUUAAAUACCGAUUUUAGGGGGCUUCCCUGGUGGUGCAGUGGUUGAGAAUCUGCUUGCUAAUGCAGGGGACACGGGUUCAAACCCUGGUCUGGGAAGAUCCCACAUGCCGCGGAGCAACUAGGCCCGUGAGCCACAACUACUGAGCCUACGCAUCUGGAGCCUGUGCUCCGCAACGAGAGGCCACGAUAGUGAGAGGCCCACGCACCGCGAUGAAGAGUGGCCCCCGCUUGCCGCAACUAGAGAAAGCCCUCGCACAGAA